AUGGCAAAUCGAUCAAUCGAUUUCCUUCCGCUCUUUUUUUUCUUCUAUACUCCCCCCUUUUUGACAUUUUUUCUCUUUUCUCUUUCCCACUUCUUUCUUUCUUUUCUUUCUUUUCUUUUCUCUCUCUCUCUCUCUCUCUUUUACUUAAACUCUCCUUUCCUUUUUAUAAUUUAUUUCUCGUCACUGUUUCUACCUCCCAUUUUUCUUUCGUUUCUUCUGUCAUUUUUACUCUUCUUUUUUCCUCCACUAUUCUUUUUCUUCCAUCCUUCAUUACAUCUUGCUUUUUUUUCUUUCUUUCUUUCUUUCUUUCUUUCUUUCUUUUUUUUUUCUUUUUUUUCUUUCUUUCUUUCUUUCUUGCUUUCUUUCUUUCUUUCUUUCUUUUUUUCUUUCUUUUUUCUUUCUUGCUUUCUUUCUUUCUUUCUUUCUUGCUUCCUUUUUUCUUUCUUUCUUUCUUUCUUUCUUUCUUGCUUUCUUUCUUUCUUUUUUCUUUCUUUCUUGCUUUUUUUUCUUUUUUUUCUUUCUUGCUUUCUUUCUUUCUUUCUUUCUUUCUUUCUUUGCUUCCUUUUUUUUUUUUCUUUCUUUGCUUUUUUUUCUUUCUUUUUUCUUUCUUGCUUUCUUUCUUUCUUCCUUUCUUUCUUUCUUUCUUUCUUUCUUUCUUUCUUUCUUUCUUUUUUUCUUUCUUUCUUGCUUUUUUCUUUCUUUCUUUCUUGCUUUCUUUCUUGCUUCCUUUCUUUCUUUCUUUCUUUCUUGCUUUUUUUCUUGCUUCCUUUCUUGCUUUCUUUCUUUCUUUCUUUCUUGCUUUCUUUCUUAUUUGCUUGCUUUUUUUCUUUCUUGCUUUCUUUCUUUCUUUCUAUCAAUUUUAAUGUCUCUCAGCCUGUUCUACUUAAAUUCUUAUUUCUAUUCAUAUUAUUUCUUCAUUAUUUUUCCACUUCUUUUCCUGCAUACCACCCUCCUUUCCGUUUGUCUUUCUUUUCUUCCGUCUUUUUUUACUCGUCUGUUUUUCUUUUUUCCGCCAUUCUUCUUUUGCUUCUUCAUUUUAUUUCAUCUUUCCUAUUUUUUCCUUUCUCUUUUUACUUUCAUACAAAUCUUAGCUUCUACUUAUUUUCUUUUCUUCUCUGCUGCCUUCAUUCAUUCUCUCUUUCUCGCCUCAUUUUAUCUGUUGUCCUUCCUUCCUUUCACUCUUGA